GAUGGGGUCCGUCGGGUUACGCUCGCCGAGUACAAGCAAGCAGCCCAAUGCUUGGCCGAUGCCUUCGCCGACGACGAUGUCGCUCGCUACUUUACCGAAGUCCCUGAUGGUGCCCACUGGACCAAGGAACAGAAGUGGAACCUCCAUGUGAGCAUCCUGGAGUACAUCACGUACGCUCACAUCCUGAAGGGCUUGGUGCUUGCUGCAGGUCCCGACUAUGGUUGCGUCGCCUUAUGGAUGCUUCCAGGCCAGAACAUGGAUGACUACCUGACUAUCCUGCGUAGCGGUAUGUGGAGAUUGUGGUACAAGCUCUCGGCCGAAGGCAAGACUCGCUUCUUCGACGAGUUCUUCCCUCUGCUCCACGACACCAAGCAUGAAGUCAUGGGUGUACGUGAUGACGAGUCGUACUACCUGGUGUACAUCGGUACCAAGGUUGCUGCCCGUGGUAAAGGUUAUGCUCGCAAGUGUAUCGAGUAUGUGACCAGAAGUGCCGAUGCUGAGGGCAGAGCUUGCUACCUCGAGAGCAGUAAUGCUUCCAACCCAGCCAUCUACCGCAAGUAUGGCUUUGAGACCAUCAAGUCUAUCGAGCUCAAGCGUGCUGAAAAGGUUGUGGUCCUUGACAUCAUGGUCCGCGAGCCU